AUGAUGUUCCCCGGCCUCCUCGCGCCCCCAGCCGGGCACCCCAGCCUCUUGCGCCCCACGCCCACCUUAACAUUGCCCCAGUCCCUGCAGUCGGCAUUUUCCGGCCACUCGAGCUUCCUGGUGGAGGAUCUGAUCCGCAUCAGCCGACCCCCCGCCUACCUGCCCCGCAGCGUGCCCACCGCCAGCAUGUCGCCCCCUAGGCAGGGGGCCCCUGCGGCUCUCACAGACACAGGGGCCUCGGACCUGGGCUCCCCGGGGCCAGGCAGCCGGCGGGGCGGCUCACCGCAGACGGCCGUCUCCCCUGCCAGCGAGCCCACGUUUCUGAAGUUUGGAGUGAACGCCAUCCUUUCUUCGGCGCCCAGAACUGAAACGUCCCCCGCCUUGCUCCAGAGUGUCCCUCCCAAGACCUUCGCCUUUCCCUACUUUGAAGGCUCCUUCCAGCCUUUCAUCAGAUCUUCUUAUUUCCCAGCGUCCUCCAGCGUCGUGCCCAUCCCGGGGACCUUCUCCUGGCCACUGGCCGCCCGCGGCAAGCCUCGUCGGGGCAUGCUGCGUCGAGCCGUGUUCUCCGACGUGCAGCGCAAGGCGCUGGAGAAGAUGUUCCAGAAGCAGAAGUACAUCAGCAAGCCCGACCGCAAGAAGCUGGCGGCCAAGCUGGGCUUGAAAGACUCACAGGUGAAAAUCUGGUUCCAGAACCGACGCAUGAAGUGGCGGAACUCCAAGGAGCGCGAGCUCCUGUCUAGCGGGGGCUGCCGCGAGCAGACCCUUCCCACCAAACUCAAUCCGCACCCGGACCUCAGCGACGUGGGCCAGAAGGGUCCCGGGGACGACGACGAGGAGGAGGACGAGGGCCCGGGCAGCCUCCGCCACCGCCUGGCCUAUCAUCACCCGUCCUCCGACACUCGGCACCUGCGGGACCCGCGCCUCGAAGGGCCGCUGCCCCACUCGCCCGCGCACUCUGGCAGCCCCGACAAACCUUCGGACUUCUCCGACUCCGAGGAGGAUGAGGAGGGCGAGGAGGAGGAGAUCACCGUGUCUUAG